AUGAGAAAGAGCUAUAUCCAAUCAUCAAGCACCAACCAAGAGAAGAAAAACCCUUCAUCUUCUUCUUCUUCAUCUUCAUCUUCAUCAACAUCACAUGAGGUAGAGAAGAAAGUGAGUCAUCAACCAAGAAAGCUAGAGAGGUUGCCUAGUGAAGAAGACAUCAAUGCUAGUGCUGAUGCUUUCAUUAAGAACUUUAGAAAGCAGCUUAUGCUUCAAAGGCUUCAAUCUAUUGAGAAUUAUGAAAAAAUGCUUGCUAGGGGAAGGUAG